AUGCAGUGGCUCCUGGUGGCCAGCUUUUGCUUCCACAUAUGCUAUGGACAAGUGCUAAAUUAUCAUCCAGCGGCAAUUGAAGCCAACUUUGAUGACAUAGUUUAUGGAAUUAAAAAGAACGUUGAUCUUCUAAACAACGGAGAUGUUGAAUCAAACUCAGUUGUUGGCCCAAAUGGAAAAGUUCUAAUCAUUCCCGCUAUGGAAGAAGUGAAAAACACUAAGAGUGAGAUCCGAGAAGAGACAGAAGAAAUUUUGAAAGUUCUCUAUCCUUCCAAGAAUGGUAGCAUUGAUUGGUUCACAUGGAGCUGUGCUGUUUUUGGUUGUAUGCUAGUUGUAAGCUGUGGCAUUCUACCUGUAGUUCUGUUGCCAGCUAAUUCGUCUGAAGUAUUAUUAUCCAAAAAUAGCAAGAAGCGUAUGGAUCUAUUACUUGCAUUUGCUGUUGGUAGUAUACUAGCAGAUGCUUUCUUACACUUAUUACCUGAAAUUUGGGCAACUCAUGAGUGCGCUACUACGAUUGGUCUUUGGGUGCUGAUUGGCUUCUUAGUAUGUUUUAGUGCAGAAAAGAUUUGUGAAUCAACAGAAAACAAUUGUAAUCAGCUCUGUGCGAUAAUCAAUUUGUCUUGCAAUGUUGUGGACAAUUUUACACAUGGAUUAGCAGUAGCAGGAAGCUUUUUAGUUUCCAUGCAUUUUGGUUUGAUGACAACGUUUUCCGUUCUGCUUCACGAAAUCCCACAUGAAAUGGUAGACUUCGCUUUAUUACUUAGAGCAAACUAUAGCCGAAAAGAAGCUUUAAAAGCUCAGCUUGUUACGGCAACUGGAGGCGUAUUAGGAGCUUUCGUUGCUCUUCAAGCGGGACAAGAUGUAAGCACUCGUUUUGAAUGGAUAUUACCAUUCACUGCUGGUGGUUUCAUUAACAUUGCUAUGACGCAACUUAUUCCUGAACUUAACGAAGAAACAGACAAAAAGAGAAGUAUAAUGCAGCUCAUAAUGACGUUGUUGGGUGUGGGAAUGGUAGCUCUAAUUGAUGUUGGAUUCUCUGCUUGA